AGUUCUUCCUUGGGUGGCCUUGCCUGCUUGGUGUCUGGUGUGACUGUCUCAAGAUGCCUGAGCCAGGGAAGAAGCCAGUGUCAGCCUUCAGCAAGAAGCCACAGUCGGUGGAAGUGAGCAUGGGCGGUGCUGCUGUGUUUGAGGCUGAGACUGAGCGGGCAGGUGUGAAGGUGCGCUGGCAGCGGGAAGGCAGUGACAUCAGCGCCAGUGACAAGUACAGCUUGGCAGCAGAGGGCAAGCUGCAUAUGCUGACAGUGCAGGAUGUGGCUCCUGUGGAUCAGGGCUCCUAUGCAGUCAUCGCAGGCUCCUCCAAGGUCAAGUUUGACCUCAAGGUGACAGAGGCAGUCCCUCCAGAGAAGGCAGAGAAAGUGGCUCCCAGAAACCCCCGGAGAAGCACCUGCUCCAGUGACUGAGUUGGAAGGAAGCAUUCUGAGUCCCGAAGGGUCAAGCUCAAUAACUCCAAAUGACUUAGCCCCAGGGAGGCAGAAAGCCCCUGAUGACCCCAUAGGCCUCUUCCUGAUGCGGCCACAGGAUGGCGAGGUGUCUGUGGGUGGCAGCGUUACCUUCUCAGCCCGAGUGGCUGGGGCUAGCCUCCUGAAACCACCUGUGGUCAAGUGGUUCAAGGGCAAGUGGGUAGACCUGAGCAGCAAGGUGGGCCAGCACCUCCAGCUGCAUGACAGCUAUGACCGAGCCAGCAAGGUCUACCUGUUUGAGCUGCACAUCACAGAUGCCCAGGCCACUUCUGCUGGGGGUUACCGCUGUGAGGUGUCGACCAAGGACAAAUUUGACAGCUGCAACUUCAACCUCACAGUCCAUGAGGCCAUUGGCCCUGGAGACCUGGACCUCCGAUCAGCUUUCCGCCGCAUGAGCCUGGCUGGAGCAGGUCGGCGAACCAGUGACAGCCACGAGGAUGCUGGGACUCUGGACUUCAGCUCCCUGCUGAAGAAGAGAGACAGUUUCCGGAGGGACUCAAAGCUGGAGGCACCGGCUGAGGAGGACGUGUGGGAGAUCCUGAGACAGGCGCCCCCGUCAGAAUAUGAGCGCAUUGCCUUCCAGCAUGGAGUCACCGACCUGCGUGGCAUGCUAAAGAGGCUCAAGGGUAUAAAGCAUGAAGAGAAGAAGAGCACAGCCUUUCAGAAGAAACUGGAGCCGGCCUACCAGGUGAACAAGGGCCACAAGAUCCGGCUUACUGUGGAGCUAGCUGACCCAGAUGCUGAAGUCAAGUGGCUCAAGAAUGGUCAGGAGAUCCAGAUGAGUGGCAGCAAAUACAUCUUUGAGUCCAUUGGUGCCAAGCGCACAUUGACCAUCAGCCAGUGCUCACUGGCCGACGAUGCAGCCUAUCAGUGCGUAGUGGGGGAUGAGAAAUGCAGCACGGAGCUCUUUGUCAAAGAGCCCCCUGUGCUGAUCACUCGGCCACUGGAGGACCAACUGGUGAUGGUGGGACAGCGUGUGGAGUUUGAGUGUGAGGUGUCAGAGGAGGGGGCCCAAGUCAAAUGGCUGAAGGACGGGGUAGAACUGACUCGAGAGGAGACCUUUAAAUACCGGUUCAAAAAGGAUGGACAGAAACACCACCUGAUCAUCAACGAGGCCACACUGGAGGAUGCAGGGCAUUACGCAGUGCGCACCAGUGGGGGCCAGGCACUGGCUGAACUCAUUGUUCAGGAGAAGAAGCUGGAAGUAUACCAAAACAUCGCCGACCUGGCGGUGGGUGCCAAGGACCAGGCCGUGUUCAAGUGUGAGGUCUCAGAUGAAAACGUGCGUGGAGUGUGGCUGAAGAACGGGAAGGAACUGGUGCCUGACAGCCGCAUAAAGGUGUCCCAUAUUGGACGGGUCCACAAACUGACCAUUGACGACGUCACACCUGCUGAUGAGGCUGACUACAGCUUUGUGCCUGAAGGCUUUGCCUGCAAUCUGUCUGCCAAGCUCCACUUCAUGGAGGUCAAGAUUGACUUCGUGCCCAGGCAGGAACCUCCCAAGAUCCACCUGGACUGCCCAGGCUGCACACCAGACACCAUUGUGGUUGUGGCUGGGAACAAGUUACGCCUGGAUGUCCCUAUUUCUGGUGACCCUGCUCCCACUGUGGUCUGGCACAAGACCAUCACACAGGGGAAGAAGUCUCCAGCUAGGCCAGCCCCAGAUGCCCCAAAAGGGGCAGGUGCCAGUGACGAGUGGGUGUUUGAUAAGAAGCUGCUGUGUGAGACAGAGGGCCGGGUCCGUGUGGAGACCACCAAGGACCGUAGCAUCUUCACAGUUGAGGGAGCAGAAAAAGAAGAUGAGGGUGUCUACACUGUCACAGUAAAGAACCCUGUGGGCGAGGACCAGGUCAACCUCACAGUCAAGGUCAUCGAUGUGCCAGAUGCCCCUGAGGCCCCAAAGAUCAGCAACGUGGGUGAGGACUCCUGCACCGUGCUGUGGGAGCCGCCUGCCUAUGACGGUGGGCAGCCUGUGCUAGGCUACAUCCUGGAACGCAAGAAGAAGAAAAGCUACAGGUGGAUGAGGCUCAAUUUUGAUCUGCUGAGGGAGCUGACCCACGAGGCUAGGCGCAUGAUCGAGGGUGUGGCCUAUGAGAUGCGGGUCUAUGCAGUCAAUGCGGUGGGCAUGUCCAGGCCCAGCCCUGCUUCCCAACCCUUUAUGCCUAUCGGCCCCCCAGGUGAACCCACCCACCUGGCUGUGGAGGAUGUGUCUGACACCACUGUCUCACUCAAGUGGCGGCCUCCAGAGCGUGUGGGUGCAGGAGGUCUGGAUGGAUACAGUGUGGAGUACUGCCAGGAGGGCUGCUCUGAGUGGGUGGCUGCACUGCAGGGGCUGACAGAGCGUACUUCAUUGCUUGUGAAAGACCUGCCCACUGGGGCCCGGCUGCUGUUCCGAGUGCAGGCACACAACGUGGCAGGUCCUGGAGCCCCUGUCACCACCAAGGAGCCUGUGACAGUGCAAGAGAUCCUGCAACGGCCACGGCUGCAACUGCCCAGGCACCUGCGCCAGACCAUCCAGAAGAAGGUUGGGGAGCCCGUGAACCUCCUCAUCCCUUUCCAGGGCAAACCCCGACCUCAAGUAACAUGGACCAAAGAGGGGCAGCCACUGGCAGGUGAGGAAGUGAGCAUCCGUAACAGCCCUACAGACACCAUCCUGUUCAUCCGAGCUGCCCGGCGCACCCACUCAGGAACAUACCAGGUGACAGUGCGCAUCGAGAACAUGGAAGACAAGGCCACGCUGGUCCUGCAGAUUGUAGACAAGCCAAGCCCUCCCCAGGAUAUCCGGGUUACUGAGACCUGGGGUUUCAAUGUGGCUCUGGAGUGGAAGCCACCCCAAGAUGAUGGCAAUACAGAGAUCUGGGGUUACACUGUACAGAAAGCUGACAAGAAGACCAUGGAGUGGUUCACAGUCCUGGAGCAUUACCGCCGCACCCACUGUGUGGUGUCAGAGCUUAUCAUUGGCAAUGGCUAUUACUUUAGGGUGUUCAGUCAUAACAUAGUGGGUUCCAGUGACAGAGCUGCUACCACCAAGGAGCCUGUCUUUAUUCCCAGACCAGGCAUCACAUAUGAGCCACCCAAGUACAAGGCUCUGGACUUCUCCGAGGCCCCAAGCUUCACCCAGCCCUUGGCAAACCGAUCCAUCAUUGCAGGCUACAAUGCCAUCCUCUGCUGUGCUGUCCGGGGUAGUCCUAAGCCAAAGAUUUCCUGGUUCAAGAAUGGUCUGGACCUGGGAGAAGAUGCCCGUUUCCGCAUGUUCAGCAAGCAAGGAGUACUGACCCUGGAGAUCAGAAAGCCCUGCCCCUAUGAUGGGGGUGUCUAUGUCUGUAGGGCCACCAACUUGCAGGGCGAGGCACAGUGUGAAUGCCUCCUGGAGGUGCGAGUGCCUCAGUGAUCAGGUUGGUGCUCUAGAGAUGGCCAGGUACAAUUGGAUGCCAGCCUGUAUGCCAGGAGCCCAGAAGGGAAGCUGGAGGAGUGUCUCAUCCCAUC